UCCCUCAACCUGCAAGCUGCAGCCGCUGCGUGUAUUGUGGCAGAGGAUGAGCUGACUACUACCAUGGAUAGGCAUGCUGAACUGUUUAGUGGGGGUCCUGACGUUCAUGCCCUCAGCACUAAGAUCGUAGAGCAAGCCCGUCAAAUCACUCAUUUGGUUCCAGUCCAGUCCUCUGUUCCAGCUGCUUGCUUUCUGUGUAUUGUGGAGGAGGCCAAGUUGAUGUCUAGGCUGGCAGAUUGCAUCUCCAUGGCUGAUGAGUCUAUGGCUGGACUCUGGCAAUGGAAAUUUCAGUUUAGCGAGGAUGUCCGGAAGGCUGCCUUAGAUAUUCUGACCACCUACAAAGGGCCUUACUCUCGGCAAGUCUCCGCUUCCUUGUUGGGCAUGCAAAAGGAGGCCAUUACUGCACGUGAGUUGCUGAAUAUAGCUGAUGUGAACCUCGAGGAAAAGAUGCACAUUUCUGAAUUAAUACGGACCUCUUUGCUGGAACUUUUUUACAUUAUUCUAGACUACUUUCCUCCUGAAUCUUCUGUCAAGUAUUAUCCAAUUAAUCGUGAUUAUCCUGCGCUGACAAGCGAGCUUACAGGCAGUUUGCGCCUACUUGAACCAAGUAAGCAAAUUAGAAGUGUGGAUGGUUCUUCUCCUGCUAACAAUGAUAAGAUUCUGAAAAUUCCCUUAACACCAAACGGUGAUGCUCCUGCUACUCCAUUGUCAUGUGAUGAGGAUUCUGUAAAGGACACCAAGACCAACAGAAAAAGGAAGAACAUUGUAGGAACCCAAGUCAGUGGAACACCCAGGAGGCAGUCAUCUGAUCCAAGGAAGGAUGUUGUAAUUGAAGAUCUGUUGUGUUCGCAAAUUACAAGUGACGGUGACUCGAGGUAUGAAAUGAGAAGUGCAGAUGGGGGUUAUCCAACCAAUGCUACUUCAACUCCAUUGUCAGGCUUUGCAAGUACUGAAGAAUAUGGCAAGGACAUCAACACCAGCAAAAAGAGGAGCAUGGGAGGGACCAAAGAGAGUGAAGUGACCUCUACUCAGUCAUCUGAGCCAUGGAAAGAUGUUGGAAUGUUGGAUCAGUUAGGUUCGCAAAUUACCAGUGAUUGUGUUGCAGCAACUUUUAACCCCACAACAGACACGUUUUCUGGGUCGUUUCCCUCAAUAUCAAUAACGCACUCUGUAGAUUUAUUUGGUGAUGGAUCUGAUGAGGACUUGACCAAGAAAAGUAAAAGAACAUGUGAUAUUCAAGGCAGUGGAGUCUCCAGUUCGGAGAAUGCAGAUUAUGAGCAGGGACCUGCAGGCAAUGGCCAUCCCGGCCGACUUGCGUCCUGGAAACACGGUGCACGAGAGCUCACCUCUGGUGGCAACGACGAAGCUGCUGACGGCGAGAGGACAACAGCGUCGGCGACAGCGUCCUCCGACUCUGCUACGAGGCCGCGAAAGCAGCGCGGGGCCACGUCAUGUGCUUCUGCACCGCAUGCCGGCGUCUCGACGAUGGUGGCUGGCGUCGACAGCGCUCCCAACUCGCCGGUCCUGGGUGGCGGCGGAGCGGUGGAAGAUGUGUGCGAGGGGGCUGUGUCUUAG